GGACUUCCUCUGUGAAGUACAGUUUCUCUUCUGAGCGUCCGCAGAUGGUGGAAACGUUUAUACAGCAGCUCAUGGAGGGAGCGGAAGAAGCUGAGGGAAAGCUGCGUGUCUCUCAGGAUCGCCUCCAGCAGAGUCUCACUCAGCUCAGCUGCUCUGUGAUGGAGCGAGAGCGUCGCAGCUUCCUGCUUCACUCACAGUUUUAUGAACAGAUCCUCCGGCGGGAGACUCAGCUGCUGUAUCACACAGAACAGGAUUUAAAGCAUCUUCAGACCUCUCAGACCAGCAGCUCUCAAAAAGAGGUGUCUGAUGAGUGUCGUGGGCUGAUGUUGGAGGUCUCGGCGCUGCAGGCUCAGGUCGCUCACCUGGAGGAGCGGAAAAGAGCUCAAGAGGAGAGACUCAGUCUGAAAUUCAGAGAACGAUACGCACCUCUGGUGCGACAUCUCUGCUCCACCUGCAUCCAGCUACAGGGCAGACUUGAUGAGCAGCGGCUGCAGGUGAAGCUGGAUGUGAGCGAGAUGGUGAGCAGAAUAAGAGGCGAGGGAGUGGACCGAAUGAUCAAGCUGAAGAAAAAGUACGGCUGCACCAAAGACAACGAUGGACUCAAGCUCACAAAGUCACAGAAAGAAGAAGUGGAUGAGUUGCAGCAGGAGAACAGGCGGCUGAGCGUCCUGAUCUGUAAACUGAAGACGUUGAGCCGCUGGAGGAAGCUGGUCGACCAGGAGAAACUUCACCGACAGCUGCUUCAAGCUCAGCAGAGGGAGAUCACCAGUCGUUGCGAGGCGCUCAGAGUGAAGAUGACUGCAGAGGAGGAGGUGGUUCUCCUGCAGGAGGAGCUGGAGGCAGCGAGGAGAGAGCUGAGCUGCAGUCAGACCGAGUGCAGCCGCACCAAGAACCUGCUGGAUAGGAAGACAGAGGAGCUGCGUGUGGCCCAGCAUCAGUCUGCUCAGGACGCCCGCGGCCGGCAGGAGCUGGACAGUUAUCGUGUGCAGAGUCUGGAACAAAUGAAAGCUGACGUGGAGGACAGAGAGAGACAGCUCAGAGCGCUCAGCGAGCAGCUGGACCGAGGCAGCAGGAUGAACCAGAUACACAGACAACGCAGUGCCAAAGAGAUCCAACAGGUGAGGGGGAAGCUGCAACAGGAGCGCAGCUUCAAACAAGAAGCCUUUCAACAGGUGGACAGACUGCAGAACCAGGUGAACGACAUGGGAGCAGCUCUCAGUAGAAGCACCUCCAGCACAGGGCAGAGCAGGACUUAUUACACGCUGUCGGUCAGCAGAUUGAGUGCUACGAGUCCCUCAGCAGGUUUACACCGGGCCGCUCAGCAGUCCGCUCUGCAGCUUGGCAGCCUCACAGACGACGCCACACUUCAGGACUUGGCUGCAGAGCAACGACAGCAGAGAGCAGAAACAGCCGGGAGCCGCUCACACACAAGAAUCGAGCGACCUAAAGCCGGUCCGACUCGCCUGCGUGUCCGGACUGCUGAGACGUCCUUACCAGACCUUUGAGAUCUACCCCGGGGGAUUUUUUCUAAACCUUGUUAAACAAGUUAGCUGCUGUUUGACAUGCAGGGCGCUCUGGCUUUUCUGUGCUAGCAGCUGAAUGUUAACUGAUCCCAAGAUUUACUGCUUUGGCAGUUAUUUUCACACAUGCACUCCUGGAAUUGUUUUUUUUUUUGUAUGUCUUGAGUUUCUUAUUCACACAUGACCCUCACAGCGUUAAGGUUUCCCCGUCGGACAGAAAGAGGGGUGUCCCAGGAGGCAAGACAUUAAGUUAAAAAACAAUCUUUUAAAGGCACUGCAAAAAUCCAAGAUGGUGACGAAGAAGUGUGAAAAUCCGUUCACACAAUGCAGGCCGGCUCAAAACUUUGGGGACAUUUUCUGAAGUUUUGUACAUGUUGUGAA